AUGCAGAGUCAAGGAGUGAAGAGAGUCAAGGGGGAGCCAAAAGCCAAGCGACCCCACGGCGAAAGUUUUGUAAUGGGCGCCGCUUAUCACGAACAUGACCCGGCGGUCGAAUUGCAGAUGGGAUCUUUUCUGAACCAACGAAGCCACAAUCCUUCCCGGAGGUGCGAAACAGCUAAGGACCUUGGCAUUCUUAUUGAUUCCAGACGAACAUUCUCUGAACACAUCGACCAAGUUGUGAACAAGGCUUAUGCAGCUCUUUUCGCUCUUUUCCGCUGCACGCAGAUUACAGAU